CGCCCGACGGGGCGGAGACGGCCAGCCCCUUGCCCGCUCUUCGGCUGGAAGAUGGCGCAGCUGUCUGGGCUGGGGCUGGUCGAGCUGGCCCUGAACGCCGCCGCCUUCCUGUGCGGAGUCAUUUGCGCCUCUGCCCUCGCUGUCACCCAGGGGGAGUUUGGCGGCCAAUGCAUCCUCUACGGGUCUGUGCUCUACAACGGGACACUGAGUUUGGCCACUUCCAGCCACGUCUCCCUCUGCUACUUUGUUUCAGGGGUCUCUCUCCUGGCUGCCAUCUUCUCCUUUGUGUAUCUUCUCCACAGCAUCUAUACCUCCUGCUUUGGUGAUGGCAACAGAUGGCCGGACCACGUGUGGAUCAAGAGGUUGUUGGUCUUCUCGGCUGGGGUCCUUUUCUUCUUACUCAUCUCGACCUGUGUCCUUCGGGUUGGCAUGGAUACUCUCUGUGGGUCCAUUCAGUCAUCUACAGCUGCCACAAGCUGUCAAGAAGCUCAGCACCUCCCCUGGGUCCAUCCUUAUCGUGCCAAAAGGUUUUAUGACAGCCUCUACACUGCAGAGGCAGCUGCUUGGGUGAACUUCUUCUUCUGGUGCCUAACGGUUGUGCUUCGGUGUUUGGAGAGUACCGGCAAAUUUCCAUUCCAGCCCCCACAAAGCAGCGACCUCACAUGGGCUGAUGAGCGCGUGCCCAUCUUUGGGGAUGGACCACACAGGCCUUGAUGAAGUGGAGGUGGCCCCGAGGGAAUAUCAUCAUCACUGCUGCUGUGUAGGGACCAACUCUGGAGACUUCCACCAGCUCUAGAGGCCUUCUGUUCCCCCUGAGCAACAUGAAGGAGAUGGUGGUCUCUCUCCCGCUUGAGGUGUCAUGUGGGUGGAUUUUUCCAAAGAGGCAUCUGACAACUUCUGAUGGGCAAACACUUUCUAAAACAAGACGCUAGGACUGCCUGAAGGCUACACUCUGUGCUCUAGGUAAUCUGCUUCCUUUCCAUCAUAAUAUCACACAAACACGUUGCCCAUCUUUAUCCCCCUUCCCAGCCUCUCCUGAAAAUGGCCAGUCUCCACUGCAAGACUAUGCAGGAGCAUAGGAAGCUGCCUUAUACCAAUGGCCCAUCGAACACUGGACGUAUUGGCCCAAUACUGUCUACACUGACUGGCAGCUGCUCUCCAGGAUUUUCGACAGGAUGAUCAUCCAGGCCUACUUGGAGAUGUCGGGGAUUGACCCAGGGACCUUCUGCAGACAAAGCAGAUGCUCUACCACUGAGCUAUGGCACUCCCCCAAAAUAUCCCAAUCAUGAUGUUACUUUUCAGCAGGGUGAAAAAAAAAUCCUCAGAAUAGACAGGGAAGGGUUAGGCGCAUAAGAAACUGCCUUAUACCAAGUCAGGCCAUUGGUUCAUCUAGCUCCUGCUGGGAGGAAGGGCGGGAUAUAAAUCAAAUCAUAAAUAAAUAGUUGAAUACUGUCUCCACAGACUGGCAGCAGCUCUCCAGGGUUUCAGAUGGAGUCCUUCCCAGACCUACCUGGAGAUGCUGCCAGGGAUUGAACCUGAGACCUUCUGCAUGCAGAGCAGAUGCUCUACCGAUGAGCAAGGUUGCGAGAGAACCAGCACAAUGUGGAUGAAACACAAGCUAUGUCUGUAAUAGCAGAUUUUCAUAUAUACAUUCUCUUGGUGUCCUGAGAAGGGAUCAGGGAAGAACCACCUACUGCUGAAAUGGAGUGCCGUUUAGCCCUGCAAUUCUGGUCCCCAAUGAAUAGCUACCACAUGAGAUUCACACUCCAGGCAUAUGGUCUGGGCACCUCCUGAGAACAGGCAUUCUUCCCCUACCAAUGUGCGUUGAUUGAAGGGUUCUAAGGUACAGCCUGAGUGUGUUUCUCUGUUGAGCCACCCACAUUCUGUCAGGGACACUGUCCUAUUUUGGCCAUCCUGCCAGCAUAUAUCUACUGGCAUUUCAGUUCUGCCAGCACAUCUCAGGUCCUGCUGGCAUUGUGCGGCUUCUGCCAAAUCCUGCACCCCCUGAGUAUAGAAUUGCACCCUAUAUCUGAGAAUUUAUUGCAACAUGGGAAGCUGCUUUAUACCAAGUUUUGCCUUUUGAAUUGAAUUGAAUUUUUCAAUAAAAUAUAAAAUUUUGAAACUUUACAUGAAA